GGAGAAUCAGAUGAGCCAAUUAAUAAUUGCUUUACAGUAUUACACAAUAGUUCAAAAAAAACAUAUUGUCCACAUCCACAUUGUGAAAGAAAUAUUAUAAAGCAGGGAUCAAUAAUUCAAAAAACUUGUAAUGUUAAAUAUUCAAAAUUAAUACCACUUGAUAUCAAAAAGUGUCCAUAUAUGAUUCUUGUUUCUAGAGGAAUUCAUUCACAUCCACCACCUCCACCUAAUCGAGUUCCAAUUACUAUUCGUGAUCGUUUACAAGAAUUAAUUCAUCAAGCAAAUGAUAAUACUGGAGAUGUUACUCCAACUCGUAUUAUAUCAG